AUGAAAACUUUUAGUAACUUGGAAUUGACUGGUGCCAACAGUAAUGACUCAAACAGUGGGCAUGCUGGGCCCGGAACGCCAAACUCUGUUAUGAGACCUACUCCCUCACCUACAGGUUCAACUGGAUCUAGGUCGAUGUCACCAGCAGUUGGUCAACAGAACAUUCCUAUGCCGCCGAGACCUUCGAGUGGGCAAUCGGAUAGCGGUACUUCAGCUAGAUUAAGCCAUUCGCCGCUAGCUCCGGGCGGACCCUACCCUCAGCCCCCACAUGGAGUUCAUUCCUACAAGACACCACCUCACGUGCCACCUUAUUCGCAACCAGGGCAACAAUAUCCUCAGGGCAAUUACUCUCCAAGGCCGGGACCGCAAGGAAUGCAAUAUGGACCGGGACCGGGGCAGUAUCCGCAGCCGCAGCCAAAUAACCUCUCCGGAGGUCCGGGCCCUUAUCCAGGUCGUCCGGUGACGAAUCACGCUCCCCAUUCUCAAUACUCAGGUUAUCAAGCUUGGGGAGGUCCUCAAGCAGCAUCUCCGAACAUAAUGAAUCAAAAUGCCCCUCCAUCUUUGAUGCCAGGACCCGGUAAUCAUUUGCCGCCAAAUGGGAAAGGAAAUGCUCAACCGCAGCCCACUCCGCCGUCGAAUCAAUCUCCAGCUAAUCCUCCCGGACCCCGACCUCAUACUCCUCCUCAUUAUUUGAAACAACAUUUACAACACAAAAUGGGAUUUACGGGACCUGGACCCGGGAUGCCUCCCAGUCCUGGACCCCCUCAAAAUUAUCCUGCUCCUGGAAUGGGGCCUCCCGGCGGAAUUCAUCAUCAUUUAGGUUCGCAAUCUCCAAUGGGACCUCCUCCACCUUCCGGAAUGCCUCAUCAUCCUGGUAUGGGUCCGCCCCCUCCGCAAAACAUGGGACCUCCCGUUCCACCAUCAUCAACGCCUAAUAGUCAUAUUGGCCAUGAGGGAAAUCCAGGACCGCCACCGGCCGGACCGGCAGCAGCGGCAGCUGCCGCAGCCGCCGCAGUUGCUGCUGCUACUUCAGUAGGAGGUGGAAUGCCACCACCUUCAUCGACGCCCAACUCUCAUCCUGUACCACACGUUGAAGAUGCUAUAGCUCCUCAUGACAACGGUAUCGCUACCACACCAAUGGGUUCCACAACUCAUGUAACAUCUGCAACUUUAGGUGGUGUAACAUCGGUGGUUACUACCGGACCGGAUGGCACUCCGAUGGAUGAGGGCUCUCAACAGUCAACCCUAUCCAAUACUUCUGCGGCUUCUGGCGAAGAUCCUGGUUGCACAAUGGGGAAAUCUAGGAAAGAUUUUCACAGUCAUCCGACUACACCACAAAGCACGGCGCCAUCCCCCGGUGCAGCAAGCGUUAAUUCUAUGCACGAAGAUUACGACAUUAAUUCAAGCCCUACUAGUUGGCCGAGAACUCCCAACAGCCCUGUUUUUAACAGCCACUUGCCCCAAGAUUCAUAUCGAACCGCAAAGAAACCAGACAGUUUAGGAAAAUUAUACGAAAUGGACGAUUCGCCGGAGAGAAGGCAUUGGCUCGAUAGACUUUUGUCAUUCAUGGAAGAAAGGGGUUCGCCCAUAACCGCGUGUCCGACAAUAUCGAAAAACCCUCUGGAUCUCUUCAGAUUGUACCUGUACGUCAAGGAUAGAGGGGGAUUCAUGGAGGUGACGAAAAACAAAACUUGGAAAGACAUAGCUGGGCUUUUGGGAAUCGGAGCUUCAUCCAGCGCUGCUUACACUCUACGAAAACACUAUACAAAGAAUCUUUUAGCUUACGAAUGUCACUUUGAUCGAGGAGGCAUCGAUCCCCAACCGAUAAUCAAUCAAGUCGAAGCUCAGUCUAAAAAGAAAGGAAACAAAUCCGCGUCAGUUCCUUCACCUGGAUCUUCAAAUUCACAAGAUUCGUUUCCUCCCGUGGGUUCCAGCGGUGGAAGUAUGGACGGUUAUUCAGCAUACGGUUAUCCUCCUGGAUCAAAUCCUGAAUUCAGUGGUCCGAACCAGCGUUCCGCCCAAUCAAGUGCUCCUUCCCCACAUCCUGGAAUACAACAAGGCGGAUACCCGGGACAAGGUGGAUAUCCCGGUCAGUACGGAGAACAAUAUUCGAGAGGACAAGAAUACACUCAACAAUAUCCUCAACAAGGAUAUCCUCCAUCACGUACUGGACCCGUUUAUCCUUCGUAUCCACCUCCAGGACCCGAAGGAGACAAUAGAAAUUAUCCCCAAGGAGCACCGCAAACUCCAUCAGGUCCCGGAGGACCAGCUCCGCCUCCUCCCGGAGGUGCGAAUCAAGAUCCGUACGCUAGAAAUUAUCAAUCGAAUUACCCGCCCGGAAGGCCUGGAUAUUCAACUCCGCCUGGUCCGCCAGGACAACCUACGACGGCACCGGGACCAGGGAAUUAUCCACCGCCAUCUCAACAGCAGGAGUAUUAUCGUCAAGAACAGAUGGGUCAGCAAUGUAAUUAUCCGGUUUCCCAGGGAAGUACUUUCCAAACCAAUCAGGUUUCUAGUUACCCCAAUUCGCAGCUGGCUCGACAGCUUGUAGCGCCGCAGAAUGCUAAAUCGCCAUAUCAAAACUAUGGACCAAGCAGCUCAGCAUCAUCAGGAGGAUCAACUCCCUCGGCUCCUGUUUCUGCUGGCCCUAAUAAUAAAACGAUGCCGCCUCCUGCUCCGCAACCUAGAAGGCACCCGGAUUUUGUUAAAGAUCAACCGCCAUAUCAGCCGUACCCGCAACAACGACCCGGAUAUGGAAAUUGGCCCAAUAGCCAAUAUCGAAAUCAGUAUCAGCAACAGUGGAGUGGACCUGGUCCAAGGCCUCAAUGGGAACCUAGGUACUCGCCACCAUCUCAGGGGCCCGGAGCUCCGGCUCCUUAUCCUCCUCCGCAACCCGUACAGCAGUGGGGAAAUAGUAUGCCAGUUCCUGGAGUGGGCCAAAGUUCACCGUUGCGGCCGGCUGGACCUCGGGUUCAAUAUCGCCCCGAUGGAAAACCUUAUCCAGGACCUCAACCAGUCGUGACAAAACCUCCAGGUGCUCAGCCUUUAGGGCCUCCCAAACGUGAAAUUGUGUUUCCACCGGAUAGCGUGGAAGCUGUUUUGCCUGUGUUAUACAAAAGACGUCGCCUCACUAAAAAUGAUGUGACUCCCCUCGAAGCUUGGCGAAUUAUGAUGGCUCUUAGAUCUGGACAACUUUGUGAGACAACAUGGGCUCUUGACGUUUUAAACAUACUUUUAUUCGACGAUACGACGAUUGCGUAUUUUGGUCUGGGAAAUUUACCCGGUUUAUUAGAUAUACUUUUAGAGCAUUGGCGAAAAUCUUUGGAGGAUGUAUUCGAGCCAAAUUCAGACCAAGAAAACGAAAUAAAAGGGGAAGUCGAUCUCGGGGAACCCACGGAACCAGUUCCCAAUGAAUCAAAGAAAAUACUGAAAUCGGUUCCGAAUUACUCAAUGAUCACGGUCAAGGGAAAACCGGUGGUCUCAGUUCCACGUUCAGAUUUAUUCAUACGAGAUGACCGUAAAGCGUGGGACACGGACGGUGAAGCCGCUUCUGAAGACGAAACCUUGGAAUCAGCUCCUGCCAAAUACAUUAUUUCACCUUUCCGAGGAGAAGUUCUUACUUUGCCGUUUGCCCGUCGGUUAAAAACUGUUAAAAAAGUUAAGACUGAACCUGAAACCGUUGUUAAUAAUAAUAAUAAUAAUAAUAUGAAAGUUGAAGUGGACACGAAAACGGAACACAGACUUAAUCAAUUAAAGUGUAGUAAAGAGAAAGAAGAAGAAGGAGGAGGAGGAGGAGGAGAAGGAAAAGAAGACAAUAGCAAAAGAAUUUUAGUUGAUGUUAAACAAAAUAGUGAUGAACAAGUUUUAGAUUUAAAAGACAAAAUAAUAAUAAAAGAAGGGAAAAAAAGUGAUGAUGAUAAAAAUGAUGAUGACUCGGUUAAAAGAACAGAAAAAAGUGAAAUAAAAUUAGAAAAAACGGAUGCACCCAAGUUGAAAAUACGGGAUCCGCAAGGGAUUCUAAAAAGACGAAGGAUGUCAGACUGCGAGGAUGAAUGCUACUCCCGUGACGAAAGCAGCCUUCUAUUGGCCGGGGAGGCGCAAGACGCUUUAGCUCGCAGAUGCAUCUGCCUUUCGACAAUUAUUAGGAACUUGAGCUUCGUGCCCGGAAAUGAACCCGAGAUGGCUCGCUCUGGCGUUUUGCUUUCCGUAUUAGGCCGAUUACUUCUUUUGCAUCAUGAGCAUCCGCCUCGGCAAACCCAGCAGAGAAAUUACGACCGGGAAGAAGAUGCAGAUUUUGCUGAUUCUUGUUCCAGCUUACAGGGUGAAAAUGAAUGGUGGUGGGAAUAUUUACACCACAUUAGGGAAAAUGUUUUAGUCACGUGUGCAAACAUAUGUGGGCACAUGGAUCUUGCCAGUCAUUCAGAAGAGAUCUCAAGGCCAAUUGUUGACGGUCUGCUUCAUUGGGCUGUUUGUCCGGCGGCAGCGGGUCAGGAUCCGUUUCCAACGGUCGGACCGUCAUCAUUGCUGUCACCCCAGAGGCUGGCACUCGAAGGUCUUUGCAAAUUAUGCGUUACUGAUACCAACGUGGAUCUCUUAGUGGCUACUCCGCCUUUUUCGCGGUUGGAGCGACUCUGCGCUGUGCUUUCAAGGCUGUUGUCUUCGGACAGUAGCGUGGCUCGAACGGUGGCUCUUCAAACUCCCUGCGUCUCUCUGCUAUUGUCCUUUAUUGAGCAGGCCGAGCAGAGUGCCUUGGGCGUCGCUAAUCAGCACGGGAUCAACGCUCUUCGCGACAAUCCUGAUUCGAUGGGUACGAGUUUGGACAUGCUGAGGAGAGCCGCAGCAACGCUUUUCCACUUAUCCAGGCAUCCGGAUAAUCGGCCGCUAUUCGUUCAACAAGAAGCUCGACUUCUUCAACUCGUCAUGUCUCAAAUUCUCGACCAACAAGUUGCUUCGGUCAUCUCUCGCGUUCUCUUUCAAUGCUCCCGCACUUCCUAG